AUGAUAUCGUAUUUGAGAUUAAAACUUGCGGAAACCGAGGAGGACGUCAGCUGUCCCGCCAUAUAUCGCCUGAGAGCGAAACUUCGUGAAUUAAUGAAAGGCGGUCAAUCGAGGGACUGCGAUGAUCUACAAGCUGAGAACGAUCGUCUUCUAGCUGAAAUAGCUGAGUUACGACACCAGUUGUCUGGCAUGGAGGAAAAGGAAUUAACUGGGAGGAUGGUGCAACCGAGAUCGGUCGAAACAACCACCGUUCCAGAAUACAUUGACGUAUCUGAGUUGCUGCAGAAGCUUAAAGAUUGCGAAGGGACUGUGUCUGAUUUGAGAGAACAAUUAGCAGAAAAGGACAAUCUCGUUAAUUCCUUGAAGGAAGGAAUGAGUGAUCAGAAAGAAUUAUUGGAUGAAAUUGCGGCACUGAAAGCGGAACUCCAAAAGAAAGACGACAAGAUCAAGGAACUAUUAGACGAGCUAAGGCAAUCAGAAAUAAACUUAGAAGGUUUGAACAAUUUGAAAUCACAAUUAGAAGAUCUUAAGCCAAAAUUAUAUGAUCUAGAAUUAGAAAGAGAUCAGUUAUUAGAAGAGCUUGCCAAACUUCAAAACGAACUUGCUCAUUGUAACGCUAUGAAAGAGGACCUGGAAUCAAAAAUAGAGUCCUUAAAAAAUGACAAAGAAAAAUUAUUGAAGGAUCUAGAUGAUUCUAGAGAUCAAAUUUCAGCCCUGUCUAAACAAUUGGACGAUGAAAGAUCAGCCAGAAGCGCUCUUGAAAAUAACCUUAACAAUUGUCAAGAUGAAAUGAAGAAAUUGCAAGACGAAAAUUCGAACCUGAAGAAUCGAUUAGACACCGCGGAGAAAGAUUUAGAAGCCUCGAAGAAGCUCGCCGAAGAGAUGGAAAUGUUGAAGACGGAGCUGGAGAAGAUGAAGAAGAUGAACGAGGAGUUGGCAAAUUUGAACGACACCUUGAAGAACGACUACCAGAGCAUGAAGCAAGCGUUAGGCAACCUGGAAGCUGAAAUUAACAGACUGGAGGAGCAAUUGAAUAAAACAGCCGAAGAACGGGACGCGUUGUUGAAGGAGAACGAGGACGCGAAGAGGCGGCUCGAAGAAGCGAUCGCGAAGAACGAGAGUCUGAAAUCCGAACUGGAUAACGUCACCGAACAACUCGGCAAAUUGAAAUUAGAGAAGGAUAAACUGGAAGAGGCUCUCAACGAUACGAGGCUGAAGAACGACGCCCUGAAACGGGAUAUCCAGGCUUUGGAAAAUGACCUUGAACGUGCAAAACAGGAGAUGGAGGAUCUGAAAAGAUCCGAGGAGGCGUUGAAAGCUGCGGACAAGGGAAAAGAUUCGGAACUACGGAAAUUCGAGGAGGAUUUGAAAAAUGCGAUAACUGAAAGGGAUCGUUUGAUGAACGAAAAUGGCGAUUUGAAGGACAGGAACGCUGAACUAGAAGGAAAACUCAAGGACGUCGUGGACCAGCUGGAACAAAUGAAAUCGCGGAACGCCGAUUUACUGGCUGAGAUCGAUCGGCUGAAAAAGGAGCUCGAGAAAUCUGGCCAGGAAAUCGAUCAAUUGAAGUCUGAAAUUACUUCGCUGAAGAACGCCAUCGAUAAAUGUACGGACGAGUUGGACAAACUGCAAACAGAAAAUAGGGAUCUUAAAUCAGAGAAUCAGGCUAUCAAAAAUGAAAUCGAAAAGUGCAGAAGUGAAAGAGAUAAUCUGAAGAGUGAGCUCGAAGAGGCAAAAGCACAAUUAAGGGACGUCAGUGAUGAAUUGCAGAAAUUAAAAACUAGAAACGAUUCGUUGGAGGAAAAUUUGAAAAAAUUGACCGAUGAAAAUGACAAUUUGAAAUCAGAGGUUGGAGCAUUAAGGGACGAGGCGGAGAAGCUGAAGAAAGCAGCCGAGGAACUGCAGGCGGCGGCUACCAGAGGGAAAGAUGAAGAAGAUCGGUUGAAAAGCGAAAUUGAUGGGAUUAAGCGUGAAAGAGACGAUUUCCUGGAAAAAUUAAACGAGCUGAAGAACGAGCAUUCUGCUUUACAAAACGAGGCGAACGAGUUGAAGAAACAAUUGAACGAUUGCAGGGCGGAAAAUGAAAAAUUGAAAGCGGAGAAAGAUCAGUUAAAAGCGGAGAAAGAUCAGUUAAAAGCUGAAAACGAUAGUUUGAAAGCUGAGUUGAAUUCGUGUAAAAAGGAAAAUGAAGAACAGAAGACUGAAAAUGAGAAACUGCAAAAACAAAUUCAAUCGUUAAACGACGAAUUAAAUAAAUUGAAGAGUCAAUUGGAAAAUGCAGAAAAUACGAUUAAGGAUCUUCAGCCUCUGGUUGAUCGUUUGCAAAACGAAAAUGAUCGUUUGAAAAAUGAUUUAAGAAUGUUAGAGAAUGAAGCAGCAGAUUUGAAGGCAAAAUUGCUGAAUGAAAUGAAUGACAAUCAAAAAAUGCGAAACGAUUUGAUGAUCCUGGAAAAUCAAGUAAAUGAUUUGAAUGAGAAACUGAAGGGAAUUAUAGGGGAGAAGGAAAAAUUGGAGCAAGAAAAUCAAAUGCUAAAGGCAAACUUGUUAGAAGCGAAUAAUGAAUUGUCUCAGGCGAAAGGGGAUAGUCAGGACUUGAAAUUCGAAAUUGAUAAUUUAAAGAAUAAGAUUUCUGAAUUAGAGGCGAAAAUUGCUAAAUCAGAGGCGGAUGUUGAACAUUGGAAAUUAGAGAAUUGUAAGCUUCAGAUGGAAAUCGAUAAAUUGAAAGCUGAACUUGAAAAGGCGUUGAAGGAUUUGAAUGAGUUACAGGCUCAGAAAAAAGCACAAGAAGAAGAGUUAGCCCGCCUUCGAACUGUAAACGCUGCUCUAGAUAAACAGAUCUCUGAUCUAAAUUCACAAAUGGAUCAGCAAAGAAGUGCCUUAGAAUCAGAAAAAUCAGCCAAGGAGAAAAAUGACUUGGAAAUGAAAGCUCUGAAAGAGGAAUUAGGAAGUUUGAAAAACGAAUUAGAAAAACUUAGAAUGGACAAUAACAAUUGCAAUCACGAAAUAGAAAAUUUAAGAAAGCAACUUUCAGCGUUGCAAAGCGAAUUAAAUUCUUGCAGAGAAGAAAUGUCUGCGUUAAGAGCCACCAAUGAUGCACUGAAGACUGAAUUAAACGGAUUGAAAGCUGAGAAACAUAAUCUACAAGACGAAUACGAUAAAUUGAAAGCCAAGGCGGAUAAUUUAGAAAAAGAAAUAGCGGAUCUUCGAGAAGGAAGAAAGAAACUCGAAGAUGAAUACAGCAAACUUAGAGGAGAGGGUGAUGGACAGAAGGUUGAAAUUGAUAAACUCAAGUCAGACUUGGCAGCCGCAGAGAAGGUGAAGAUGGAUUUAAAAAAUUGUCAAGAAGAAAAUGAAAAAUUACAAGCGCAAGUGAAGGAUUUGGAAAGAUGUAGAAACGAAGUUGAUAGACUGAAUGCUGAACUGGAUGAUCUGAAGAAGGCACUCGCAGCUGCCGAGGCUAAAGUGAAAUCCUUGGACGAUCAACUCUCGUCUCUUAGGAAUGAAAGAGAGGAAUUGAUCAAUGAACUUAAUCAUCAUCGAGACAAUCUUAACAAUCUUAAAAAUGAAAUGGAUAAACAGAAAGCUGAGAGGGAUUUGGCUGCGAGGGAGUUGGCGGACCUGGAAGAGGAACUGGAUGCCCUCAAAGCUACCUUAGAUAAGAUUCGCGGUGAGAAAGAAUCAUUGCUAAAGGAUAAUGAGAAGUUGAACGAAGAAUUAAAAACAGUGAAAAAUGAUAAUGAAAAGUUGAAAAAUGAUAAUGAAAAGUUGAAAAAUGAUAAUGUAAAGUUGAAAAAUGAAAUGGAUGAAUUGAAGUCAAAAUUGAAAGAGGCAGAGAAUCGGAUAAAUGAUCUGGAGAAUCAGAACAAGAACUUGAAGAAUACGUUAACUGAAGUUCAGACUGCGCUAAAAGAACUCGAAGCUGUGAAAAAACAAUUAGAAGAUGAAUUGGAUAAACUGAGAGCAGAGCUCGAUAAAUUGAAGUCUGACAACGAAAGACUGAAGGACGAGCUAACAGAAGAGCAGAACAAAUCGAAUAGAUUGAAGGACGAUUUGGAGAAACUGAAAACGGACAAUGAUAAAUUGAAGAAUGAUUAUCAAAACUUGAAGGGUGAUUUAAGUAAAUUGAAAAAAGAAAAGGAGGAAUUGGAAAAAUCUGAUGCAGCAGCGAAGAAAGAAAUUGAAAAAUUACGCAGGGAAUUGAAAAACUUGAAGGAUGAUUUGAUGAAACUGAAAACGGACAAUGAUAAAUUGAAGAAUGAUUAUCAAAACUUGAAGGAAGAAAAUGAAAAAUUACGCAGGGAAUUGAAAAAUUUGAAGGAUGAUUUGAUGAAACUGAAAACGGACAAUGAUAAAUUGAAGAAUGAUUAUCAAAACUUGAAGGGUGAUUUAGGUAAAUUGAAAAAGGAAAAGGAGGAAUUGGAAAAAUCUGAUGCGGCAGCGAAGAGUGGUAUAGAUAGGAUGAAAAAGGAAAAUGACGAACUAAGAGCUGAGAAUGUGAAAUUAGCUAACCAAUUGAAUACUUGCCAAGAGGAAAAUGAAAAAUUACGUAGGGAAUUGGAAAACUUGCAGGUGGUGAAUGAUGCAUUAAAGAAAGCAGCAGUGAAACACGUGGAACCAAAAGAAACGGAAAUGGACAAAGAUAUUGUGGAUGACUGUGGGGACUUCAUUAAGGCAAACGAUUUAUUAAACGAAAAAUUUCAAAAGCAGAACGAAGGUGUACAACGUGUUCGAGACUACAUCAUGUAUUUAGAAGGUAAAGUUAAAGAGGAGCCAAAAAUGGCUGAUCAAUUAGAGGAACCUGAAAUCGAUCCACAAAGAAGGGAAGAUAUUGCAAAUUUGUUAAACAAGUCUAAAUUGUUGUCUGAAAAUAUCAAUCACACUGAAAAGGAAAUACAACAGAUUGGUGCAACCGCAUUCGAUCCUGAUUCUUGGCUAAAUUCGUUAACAUUGACACAGUUAGCAGAUCUUCACGACAAGAUCUGCCUGUUGACAUCGGAUAUGGUGCAGCAUGAUAACGGAGCAGUAACAUGUGAACCAACAGCACCGACAGCAUCAACAGUACCUUGCCCUGGGACGAAUCCAUUAAGAGCAAAUUAUAAUACUUUGAACCAGCGAAUAGCUGCUUUGCAAAAGCAGAUCGCAGAUAAACAAAUAGAGGCAGGUUGGAAGCUGCAAGAGUUGAGACGAGCUCUACGACAGGAACAGGCUAAUCUACUUCGAAUCUCCGACGAAAUGAAUUUAGCGAGAAGACGAAAUUUAGCUCUUCAGUUCAACAUGGACGAUUAA